GUGGCGGGUCAGCUUUCGUGGGCUUCAGUCUCGGAGAUGGCGGUAUCUCCUUCGGCGGCGAGUCCAUGGCCUUCAACAAUUCCAGCGGCUCCGGUGGCAUAGGGACAGGAGAUCAUGCACAGGAGAGCAAUGGUGAGAUCCAUGCUGGUAAUACCACAGGUGAGCGGUGGAGUCUUACUACAACUUCUGAAAAUUCCAGUGUAUAUUUUGGUGAGAUCAUAUUCUUGUUUGCUAUUUCAAUCAAAGGUAUUGGUGGCAACGGUAUUGGAGAGAGCAUUGGCUACAGAGGCAGGGGAUACAACCCCAAUUUCGAUCACGCGGACGAGUACCCUCCUAGCCAGGAGCAUGUACAGAUCCAACAACCACAAAUCGUUGACGGAAGCAAACCAGAAGGCAUGUGUGGAUUAUUGCCUAAGGCAUCUUGAGCCAUGUACCUUAGAGGAUGAUCCCACCUUCAAGGCUGAUAUGAAUAUGGUUCAUAUCAAUGAGAAGUGGUUCUACCGCACGCGGAAGAACCAGAAGAUGUAUUUGAGUUAUACAGA